AUGAAGCGAAAACAAUAACACGCGCCAUGUCUAUUACGUUCACAACGGGUUAGCUUUUCGCUAGCUCCCGGCUAGCUUGUUACAUAAGCUAAAUUAGCGUGGCAAAGUUAAGCAGCAGGAGAUGAUGGGACCGCCGCUGAAUGGCAAUAACAAUUAUUCCACGUUUCAUUGUAUUUUCUCAAAACCGAAUGUGCGUGAAUUGAUAGUUGUUUAAAAUCCAGUUGUAAGUCUGGGGAUCACAUGUAGCUGGAACCACCGGCCACAGCGGUCCCCAAAAACAACCUUUCCAUGGCUAACCUAGAUGUAAAAGUCUAAAUACUGACGUCUGUUUUAUUUCCGAGCCAUUUUCCUUGGCAUUAACGGAAUUGUCAGACUGUCUAGAUAUAAGGACACAGAGAAAUGUCAACUUUUUUCCUUUAACUUUAUUGCUGAAAUCAAGAGCAGUGUAUAAAAAAGGGAACAGUGCCAUCAAGUGAUGGUACAAAAAGCAGCAAUGAAUACAGGAUCAAGACUCAAAACUAGGAGAAAUAAAUAGAUAAACACAUGAAAAAAGAAAGAAAAACUCUGGACUCCGUGCAGAUGCCCAGACAUUGCUCAGCAGGCGGCUGCAAAUCUCGGGACAACCGUGAGACUCGUAAUGCUGGUAUCACCUUUCACAAAUUACCAAAAGGAACAACUCGGAGGAACCUUUGGAUCAGCAACUCCCACCGUGCAGACUCCUGGGAUCCUCAGACUGACUUUGUCUACUUUUGCUCCAAACACUUCACCCCUGAGAGCUUUGAACUGACUGGAUGCAGUGGGAUCAGAAGACUGAAAGAAGAUGCAUUUCCUACAGUAUUUGAUUACUCUUCAGCAACCAAAUGCAAAAGAUCAGGAACUCCUCAGAAACAAGAAGACAUUCCUGUCAGGAAGAAUCCACGCUCAGGUGACAAGAACACUCAGCAGCAGGAGGAGGGUCAAACUUCAGAAGAACCCACAGUUCAUAGUUCAGUGGCAGCAGCUGGUGAGACUAAUGAAAACAUACCUGCAUCUUCUCAAGAGACAGCAGAGGUGGAGCAGCUGUCACAGCAAGAACAUAGUUCUUCACCACCACUAGUGUCUCGUUCCAUCUCCCCAUCGCGUUACAUGAGGCGCCUACCACCUCCUCCAGGCUUCUAUCUGCCGAAAGAGCACAGCUAUGCUCAGCUUUGCCCCCUGCUGUGGAGGAGACGUUAUGACCAGGCUAUCGACUGCUUGGAGAAGGCCUUACGACAGCUCCAUGCAGCCAGGCGGAGGGAGAACCGCCUGCGGAGCACUAUGCUGAGGCUCCGUGAUAAACGGCUGAAGCACACCCUGCUCGUGUCACGAGAUGGGUCGAAAGACAAAGGGGGCUGGACAUCAGGGGAGGAGAACAGACGAGGCAAAGGCGGUUCUUACCAGGAUAGUGAGACUGAUGCUAAGUCUGAGGAUACAGGGUUAUUUGAGGACAGAUGUGGGGAUCAGAUGGAAUUGGUGGGUCGUUUUCUUCCAGACACCAACAGCUGGUCUGAAGAGGAGAAGGGUUACUGCUUCUACUGUGGAAGAGGGCAGGUGCAGGGUGGUGGUCAGCUAGCACGCAGUGUUUCAAAGACAGGGAAAGAUGUCCAGCCCACAGUGCAUAAGGACUCUCUGAUGAUUCAGAGAAGUGUGGAGACUGGUACCUGUGGCACAGCUGAAAAUGACCAAGAAAUACAGAUAGUCAGGCUGGAAAGAGCUUCUGGGAAAAUUGUAGAAACCAGUGACUCAAAUGUAACAAAUUCCCAAGUCCUGCUCCAAACUCAAGUUCUUCAGCAUGUGAUCCCUGCUGCAGUGUCUCUGUCUGAUACUUGUGAGCAGAGUGUGCAGUUUUUAGGCUCUCAGCAGGAGCUGCUGCUCUCUGACAUGUGUGAAAGGGAGUCUGAAGCCACGGGUCAACAGCAUCAUCUGGACCUGCAGCAACAGCUGUUUUGGAUACAGGACGAUGCUGAGGGACAGGUCAUCCUGGUUCCUGUCCCUGUUGAAGAUGGAUUGCAAAGCUUUCUGAAGAUGGAGGGAGUGGCUGACGAAGCACAAACCAUACUGGUGUCAGAACUGGAUCUUAAAGGAGACUUUGGACUCAUGACAGAGAACACUGGAGGUCUGUCCAGAGGUGAAACAGGGUGUGAUGAUGAACAUGGUGACCAGCAUUCUGUUAUCAACAGCACAUCGGUGGAAAUGAGAGAUGUAAGGGAGAAACUGAAAGAACACCUGGAGGGAUUUCACCUUCAGCUGAGCACUGAGUUUAUAAACUGACAGGAUGUUCUGAAUGAACACAACAGACAAUAUGUUCUUGUUCCAUUGACACUGAUCAUUUUAAGUCACUUUUCUAUUAUUAAACCUUUAUUUAACCAG